UCUAUAGUGGGCAUGGGUGGGGUUGGUAAGACAACCCUUGCUCAAUGGGUGUACAACGAUAAGAAAGUGAACGAGCACUUUGAGCUAAAAAUUUGGGAUUGUGUCUCUGAUCCAUUUGAUGUUAAGAAAUUAACAAGAACAAUACUGCGGUCAAUUGAUCCAAAUGUUUCUGUUGGAGAAGCCCUCAAUAACCUUCAAGAAAAAUUGGUAGAUAAACUAACUGGAAAAAGGUUUUUACUCGUUUUGGAUGAUGUAUGGAGUAAAGAGAAGAAAUGUUGGGAUGACUUUUGGGCACCUUUUAGAACAGGGGCCAAAGGUAGCAAAAUUUUGAUAACGACUCGCAAUGAAGAUGUAGCACGAAUCAUGCAAACUGUUCAUACGCACAAGCUAGAGUCAUUACUUGAAAAAGAUAGUUGGGAAUUGUUUAGGCAACAUGCAUUUCGAAAUUUGUCCCAUGUAGAUUCACGAAAGGAAUCCAUUGGCAAAGAGAUUGUGAAAAAAUGCAAGGGCUUGCCCUUGGCAAUAUCAACAAUUGGAGCACUUUUGUGCUCCACACCAAAUGUUGAUGGAUGGGAAGAGAUAUUAAAGAGCAAACGAUGGGGUCAGUGGGAUGAUAAACACGAUGAAACUCUUUCAUCCUUGUUAGUAAGUUAUCACUAUCUCCCUGCACCUUUAAAGCGAUGCUUUGCCUAUUGUUCAAUAUUUCCGAAGGACUAUGAAUUCGAUAAGGAAAAGUUAGUUUUACUAUGGGCUGCAGAAGGCUUGUUGCCAAUUACGCAUGGGGAUACAGUGGAGCAAAUAGGUCGAAAAUAUUUCGACAAUCUACUUUUAAGGUCAUUUUUUCAGUUGUCUCGCAAAAAUACUUUCACGAUGCAUGAUCUUAUGAGUGAUCUUGCACAGGAGGUCUCUAAGGGAGUGUGUUUUAAGUUGGAUGAUGAAAUGGAGGUUGAUGGGCAAUAUGAAAUUCCCACGGGUGCUCGUCACUCUUCGUACAUCCAGAAGGAAUAUGAUGCUUUCAGCAAAUUUGAGCCCCUCUCUAAAUGUAAGGCUUUGAGAACCUUCCUACCAUUAGAAGGUGGUGGCGUGGAAUGUUUGUUGCCUAAUAAGGUAUUGUUUGAGUUGUUGCCAAAACUACGGUACUUGCGGAUGUUAUCCUUGAAUAGUUACCAAAUUAGUGAAUUGCCAGAGUCAAUUAAGAAUUUAAAACAUCUACGGUACCUAGACUUGUCUUCGACUUAUAUUGAAAGGCUACCUGAAUCAAUAUGUUGCAUCUACAAUUUGCAAACCUUGCUUUUACAUUAUUGCCGUAAGCUUCAUCAGUUUCCGGAUCCAAUUAAGAAUUUGAAACAUCUACGGUACCUAGACUUGUCUAGGACUAAAAUUGAAAGGUUACCUGAGUCGAUAUGUGACCUCCAUGAGUUGCAGACUCUGCUUUUGAAUGGAUGUAAAUGUUUGUUUGAGUUGCCUAUGUCCAUUGGCAAACUAACUAGCUUGCGAUGCCUUGAUACUUUCAGAACGAAGUUGGAGAAGAUGCCCACUGGAAUUGGCAAUUUGAGAAGUCUCCAUGCGUUGCCUGAGUUUAUUGUUGCAGGGGUGGAUGGACAAGGAAACGGGGCUUCCAUAGAAGAGUUGAAGGAGCUGUCAGAUCUGAGGGGAAGCCUCUCCAUAAGAGGUUUGCAGAACGUGGACAAUGCGAGGGAAGCAAUGGAAGCCAAUUUUGCGAAUAAGCAAUAUUUGGAUGCACUAAUCUUACAGUGGAAAGGGGGGCCUGAUACUACCGGUACCAUUCAUGAAGAAGAAAGACUUGAUCAGCAAAGCAAAGUGCUUGAAGCGAUUCUAAACCAACCAGUACCCAUGGACACCUUAAAAAACCUUGUGGUUAUGGGUUAUGAAGGUAGAUGUAUUCCUGGAUUAGAUUUGGACAGAGAAGUAUUUGAAGAUGGAGAUGAAGGGAGCGGUAAACAUAUGAACGUUAACUUCCAUCAUCUUCAGUCACUUGUGAUUGGGGAAUGCUCUCGAUUAAAGAGAAUACAGCAGCUCCAUUUCCCUGCAUUGGAGGUCAUGAUCAUUCAUGGUUGUGCAGAAUUAACGGCCCUUUUUUCAAUGGAAAAAAGGAAAAAAUCUCAAUGCAGCGAUCUCCCCCUCAAUUUAACAGUAUUUCCCAUCCUUCGUGAACUCAGAAUUUGGAAUUGUCCCAAGUUGAACAAAUUACCCAGUAAUCUUCCCAGCUCUUUGGUGAAGCUCGAAAUAACGAGAUGCUUGGAGUUGGAGGCACUUCCCAGAUUCGCAUCAAUUCGCGAAUUAAAUCUGGGCACUUGCAAUGAUGUGGUUCUGGAAACCGUGGUUGGCCUCACCACGCUCGUCUCCUUGACGAUUGCAGGUCUCAAGAAGUUGAGGGUUUUGCCGAAACAGCUUUUGGACCAGUUAACUGCACUUGAAGAUCUCACCAUAUGUAAGUGCAAUCGGCUGGAGUCUUCGUACUACUCAUGCCCGCCACAAGGACAAGGAUGGCCAGAUUGUGCAAAACUGGAAGUGGUUCAAUUGUCCUCUCUCAUAGCACUCGAGAAGUUAGAGCUAGAGCGUGUUCUAGUUCUUCCAAUCACCAGCAAUCAGCUUGGGACAAUGCUGCCACCCACGCUUCAGUGUCUUGGGAUAGAGGAAAUCAAAGAUUUGGAGUGCUUUCCCGAUGGGAUGAUAAGCAACAGUCAUCUUGAAAACCUAAAUAUGCAAAGCUGUAGUCGUCUCAAAAGGUUUACAAGUGGAGGCGGCGAGCGAUUGCCUUGUGAAUCUCUUCGAUCCCUGGGGUUAACGGCUUUCACACCCGCUGAUGCCACUAAUCUCAAAGACCUUUACAUAGCCGACUGUAAAAAUUUGGAGUCCAUUCCUGAGGGUCUCCACAACCUCAGAUCAGUCUGUGUGUUGGUUAUCCAUACAUGUCCUCUUAUCGAGUCCAUCAUCAUCACUCAGGAUGAUAAUAAUAUUGUUGGAGGAGGAGGAGGUUUUGGAGCCAUUACCACUGCCGCUGCCAUCACCAAUCUCCAAAGGAUUGAUGUCUGCAAUUGUGAAAGUCUCAAGUCCAUUACACUACAACACCACAACCUCUGCCUCUCCUCCCUUAAAAACUUGAGAAUACGCUGGUGUCCCAGGCUGCAGCACAUUCCAGAACAUGGUGAAUGGCUCUCCCCCAGCCUUCAAUCCCUUAACAUUGAAGGCUGUCCAAAUCCCAGGCCCUUGGCACAAUGGGGUUUCCACAAACUCUCUUGUCUGACAAAUCUCUGCAUCAGGGGUGGACGUGAGGAUUCCUUGCUAGAGCGGUUGCUUCCCUCCACUCUCACCUCUCUUGAGAUAGGCGAUUUCUCAAAUCUUAGGUCCCUAUCCAAGGGCCUCCACCACCUCACCUCUCUUCAAAAACUGCAAAUUGUCGAGUGCCCUAAGCUGUCAGCCCUUCCAGAAGAUGCGCUGCCUGUGAAUCUCUCUGCUCUUUAUAUACAAGACUGCCCUCGAUUCGAAAAGCAGUACCUAAAGAAGAAGAAUAAGAAGAAUGGCAUACAUAUGUACUCUCACAUCUGUGUAUUUAUCUAA